UGUUGGAAUUUUCAUUUUCGUUUCUUUUUGUUUGAUCGAUGUUCGUCAAACAUAUUUAUUACCUCGAAUAGUCGGCGGCGAGUAUGCCGAAGAAGGAGAUGCUCCCUAUAUAGUGUCUUUACGCUAUAACAAUUAUCAUGAUUGUGGAGCAUUUUUAAUCUCAGACAAAUGGAUUUUGACUGCUGCUCAUUGCGCUCAAAGACCCACAGAUACAUUAUCAAUACAAUAUGGCGUUUUAAAUAUCACUUCUUCGUCUGAUGUGGAUAGUUCUGUAAUCAAAAUUGAAGAAGUUAUUUCACAUCCUGGAUUUACAAGCGAUGGAGAAAAUGAUAUUGCUGUUAUGAAAUUAAAUAAACCAGUAGUUUUAAAUGAUCAAGUGGCAAUAGCAGAAAUUCCAAAUCAAAAUGAAGAAACUAAAGCUGGUGAAAUUGGUUUACUAACUGGUUGGGGAUUGUAUGGAAGUGGUAGUCCAAUUUCCAAACGUUUAAGAAAAGUGAAUCAAACCGUUGUUGAUAUUAAAGAAUGUAAAAAAGUCCAUGAAUUACCUAUACUCGAAUCAAAUAUAUGUGCAGGUGAUCCUGAAGGAGGUAAAGGACAAUGCAAUGCUGAUUCUGGUGGUCCAUUAUUCGUAAAUGGUAAAGUGGUUGGAAUUGUUUCGUGGUCAGUGAAACCGUGCGGUAUAAAAGGAUUUCCUGGUGUAUUUACACGUGUGGCUAGUUAUCGUGAAUGGAUUCUGGAACAUACUGGAGUGUAAAAAUUUAUUUAUCAAAUAAAAUAUUUAUUCAAAGAUCA